CCCUUCCAUCAACAUUGUCGUGCCAAUUUUGUGAGUUGGGAGCUUACAUUGCAUAUUUGUACAAUCGCUGAGGACGACACUUUGAGUUUUGUGUUUCCUGACUAGUGAAAAUCGUUGAGAAUAGUGAGAGUUUAGUUGGCGUUGCCAUUUGAAUUUGAAGCCCUGGCGAUGGCCGACGAGUCGCCGUUCAGGAAUACGGUGCUGAAGGGCAAGGUUGCUCUGAUCACAGGAGGGGGCUCAGGGAUAUGCUUUGAAAUUGCCACCCAGUUUGGCCUCCAUGGCGCAAUGGUGGCCAUUAUGGGCCGCCGGAAGCACGUCCUUGACGCGGCGGUGGCGUCGUUAGAGAGCCUCGGCAUCAGGGCUGUAGGCGUGCAGGGUGAUGUGCGCAAGAAGGAGGAUGCCAGCCGUGUUGUUGAGACGGUAGUCGAAGAGCUGGGUAGACUUGAUAUCCUUAUAAAUGGGGCUGCUGGGAACUUCCUCUCUGCAGCCGAGGACCUCUCUCCCAAUGGCUUCAAAACUGUUAUGGACAUAGACACCGUUGGAACAUUUACGAUGAGCCAUGCAGCCGUGAACUAUCUAAAGCAGGGAGGCAAAGGGAAGGGUCCAAACGAAGGUGGGGUCAUUAUCAGCAUUAGUGCUACAUUGCAUUACAGUGCAAAUUGGUAUCAAAUUCAUGUUUCCGCUGCGAAGGCUGCAGUUGACAGCCUUACUAGAAGUUUAGCUUUGGAGUGGGGUACAGACUACAAGAUUCGAUGCAAUGGUAUCGCUCCAGGUCCCAUAUCUGGCACGCCAGGCAUGGAGAAAUUAAAUCCGGAGGAAGCUGGAAUUUCCUCAGGAGAUGCAGUCCCUCUUGGAAAGAUGGGGGAGAAGUGGGAUAUAGCUAUGGCUGCCAUUUUUCUUGCUUCUGAAUCAGGUAAGUACAUCAAUGGUGCGGUCCUUCCUGUAGACGGUGGCUCAUGGUUAGCGAAACCGCGUUACAUUUCGAAGGAGCAACUGCGCCAGUUCGGUCGUGCAGUUGAACAAAGGUCAAGGAGUAAAACCCAGUUACCAAACAGCAAACUCUAACUAUUUUUCUGAGACUAAAUGAUUAUUAUGAUACGGCGGGGUUUGUGCAAGUCAAUGUAGGCAGCGGAGGUUAGUGAGCACUGAGAAGGGAUAUGGUCUGCUUUUGAACAAAUGGCCUUGUGCAAGGGGCUAGGACAAUUUCAUUGGUGAUCAGCUUCAAUACAUUCGUAUAGAAAUUUUUAGACUUAACUCUGGACGGUUAAGAUGAUUCAACAGCAAAGGAUUCAUACAGAGUCAACAGUGCUCUACGUUCCAAAUAACAGAUUAGUAUAACCUAAUAAGUACGGCAAUGUUGAUCCAAAGGGCCAGGUGGAUCCUAAACCCUAAAACCUUCUGUAGGAGGAGAGCUGUCUUAGAAGGAAUGAAACCACAAUACAGAAGAGGAUAAAAUUAAAGUGUGACUGUGGAGCUGUAUGCGGUAGCUCUGGUUCUGACUGGUUCUCAUGUUCAUAAACGAGAUGCUUCGAUAUUGGGUGGUAUCGAUGUCUUUAUCUAUUUUGGUCCACUUGCUGGUGCUUCACCCACAA